CCACCUCCGGCCAUGAUUUAUGUGCCUCGCCUCUGACCCACUCGGCUGCACAGCGAGUGGAGUUUUCCACACAGGGGGCGCCCUCCUCAGCUUCCUCCAGACCUCUGCCCUGUCUCCAGUCCCCCUUCCGGCUGUGGGGGGGGUCAGCAGGGUGGGUGGCAGGGCCGUGCCAGGCUCCGGCAUGGGGGGAGCUCUUCCCACCACAUACCUCACUCCUCUGCCAGCCCGGGGGUGUGGGGUGGGGCUCCCCAGCAGGAGCUGCCGGGUGCAGGUGGACCCUGGGGUCCCUGGCCCCUGAGGCCGGAGUUGCAGCCAAGCUGUGCAGGUUCCGAGCAGGAAGCGAGACCCCAGGGAACUGUCCCAAUAGGUGACAGGUGCUUACCGGUGCGGGCGGGGCAGCGCGUCCAUCCAACUGAUAGAGCCACUGACGUCACUAGAAGUCUGACCAUCCCAAACCUGUCUGUGACUUGCCCAGAGGGGAGAGCCAGGAAGCUGGGGCUUGUGGAGUGCAGCCAGGAUGGCCUCUAGCUCUCCAAGCCCUGGUCUGAAGCCUUCGUGGCAAACUCCCAGUUGAGGGGUGAUUCUGGGGUACAGGGCUGCAGUCCACCGACAGGUGGUGGGGUGGGGCUUGGACUGGGUUCCCCAUCGACAACCCAUUUCCUGACUCUUCUUGCCCCAGUCCCUGGGCCUUUGACUCUUGCUUCCAGCAUCCAGAGACACUGUCCCAUACCUGGCCCCCCAAAAGCUGAGUCAGUCAGAUGCUUCCCCUUGGUUCCCGUGGGGAAUGGGGGGCCCCUCCUUGGCGGCAUCCGUUGGUCACUCCCGGCUCUGCAGCUCACUCCUGGGGCCACCCUGUGCGCAGAGACCCAGAGGGACGCUGAGGGGACCCCCACCCGCCCCCCACGGCAUGUCUGCGGCCCUGGAGACGCUGGGCUACCUGCUGGCCGCGCUGGGGCUGCUGAUGCUGGGAGCCAGCCUCCCACACAGCCAGUGGCGCGUGUCCACCGUGCACGGCAGCGUCAUCACCACCAACACCAUCUUUGAGAACCUGUGGUACAGCUGUGCCACCGACUCCAUGGGUGUCUACAACUGCCGCGAGUUCCCGUCCCUGCUGGCCCUCUCCGGGUACCUGCAAGCCUGCCGCGCGCUGAUGAUCACCGCAGUCCUCAUGGGCGGUCUGGGCGUAUGCCUGGGUGCGCUGGGCCUGCGCUGCACCAACAUCGGGGGGCUGGCGCACCCCACCAAGGCCAGGCUGGCGGCCACUGCGGGGGCCCUGCACAUUCUGGCGGGGCUCUGCGGUCUGGUGGCGGUCUCCUGGUACGCCGCCAACAUCACACGCGAGUUCUUCGACCCCCUGUACCCUGGGACCAAGUAUGAGCUGGGCCCCGCCCUCUACCUGGGCUGGAGCGCCGCGCUGCUGGCCCUGCUAGGCGGCCUCUGCCUCUGCCUGAGCUGCUGCGGUGCCCGCGACGCCAACCCCGCCGCCAGGGCCUGGCUGCCCUACAAGGCCCCCAGCAAGCCCGCCGCCAGCCUGCCCGGCCGCCAGGCCGCCACCUCGGACGAGCUGGACAGCAGCUUCGGCAAAUACGGCAAGAACGCUUAUGUGUAACCUCGGACCCGGGGCCAGGGGCCAGGUCUGCGCCCCGCAGGAAUUCAGCCACACUGAGCUGAGCUGUCAGAGGGCGGCGGGAGACACAGCAGUUCUGUACAAGACUCUUAGGCCUGAGGCUCCGGAAUCCCAGGUUCAAUCUUCAGCACCGCUGUUUGCCAGAACUGAGUAGGGCUUGGGUUUUUUAAAAAAGGAAAACAAUAAUAAUAAUAAAAAAAAAAAACCCUAAAACGCUCAAAUAGUAGUUUCGAGUCAAGCAGGUGGUGGCUGGGACAGACCAUAGGUUGGCGCCUGUCCCCCCCUGCCACUCCCGAGCUGUCUCAUCUGGAAGGAGAAUUUGGGAAGGUGCCACCACCAGACCCCGCGUGAAGUGACUUUAAAGGGCAGACACAGCCCACUGGGGGAAGCACAUGCCUUGUAUGAACAAGGCCCAGGUGUGAGCCCUGGCACUGGAUGAAGGAGCUGCAGCACCGGGGGAAGCUUGGGCUGAGUUCUAAGUUAAAAGGUUAGUCAGGGAAACUGUGAGAGGCCGACUCAUCACGGCCCUGAUGUGGUGGGUAUGGUAGGUGGGCUCUGACCAAAUCCGCCUGAGUGAUGCUCUGGCUCUUGUUAAGAAACCACCAGAGACCCCAGGUUCAAUCCUUGGCACCACCAUAAGCCAGCACUUAACAGUUAAAAAAAAUCAGGCCCAGGUGGCACUCGGCUGAGUGCACAAGUGAGACCAGCGCAAGGACCCAGGUUCAAGCCUCCAGGCCCCAUCUGCAGGGGGAAGCCAGGGUGGUUGAAGGUCUCUAUGUCCUCCUUCCCUGUUUCUUUCUGUCCCAUCAAAUUAAAUUGUAAAACAGAAAAACCUACCAUCUAGACUGGUGUGUGGUUAAUGGUGAGGAAGCCCACCCAGCCUGGGGAGGGGGUGAGCCUGCUGACUGAACACGACUGUAGCUGAACCUAAGUUCAAGUCUGUAAGUGUUGAGACUGACGUGGACUCUUGGCCGUCUGGAGAAUAAACUCCUCUCUUUCACCCA